UCUUCUCCGGUUGCCGUCGCUUCUCCGUUCUCCCUCGCCAAUCCCCUUAUCCCUCCGCGCCCUAUAAAAGCCCCUCGCCGCGGGCCGGGCGGGGCCCACCACCCCCAUCCUCUCCUCGCGCUCGCGGCGCGGAAUGGACGCCGCCUCAUGCUGCCGCGUCUUCUCCGCGCAGCGGUGCCGCUUCCCGCUCCGCAGGCUGGCGGCGCCGCCGCGGCCGUUCUGCACCGAGUCGGGCGGGCUCGCCGCCCCAUCGAUCUCGAAGCGGCGGUCCAGGGGGCCCGUCAUGGCGGCGAAGAAGGCAGCGCAGGGUGCGAAACAAGAGGAUGGAAAAUACAAGCACACUGUGGAUCUCCCAAGAACAACCUUUGGGUUGAGAGCGAAUUCUGUUGUACGGGAGCCAGAGCUCCAGAAAUUAUGGGAGGAGAAUCAGGUUCUGAAAAGGGUUUCUGAAAGGAACACUGGGGCUAAAUUUGUUCUCCAUGAUGGCCCUCCUUAUGCUAAUGGUGAUCUUCAUAUGGGCCAUGCGUUGAAUAAAAUCCUCAAAGAUAUUAUAAAUCGAUACAAGCUGCUUCAGAAUCACAAAGUGUCUUUUGUUCCUGGGUGGGACUGCCAUGGCUUACCGAUAGAACUAAAAGUUCUGAAGUCAAUGGAUAAGGAAACUUUGAAUGCCCUGACACCCAUAAAAUUAAGGCAAAAAGCUGCAAAAUUUGCUAAAGCAACAGUUGAUGCACAAAUGAAAUCUUUCAAGCGGUAUGGUGUGUGGGCAGAUUGGGAGAACCCUUACCUCACUCUGUCACCAGAAUAUGAAGCUGCUCAGUUGGAAGUGUUUGGUCAAAUGGUUAUGAAAGGAUAUAUCUAUAGAGGACGAAAGCCCGUCCAUUGGAGUCCGUCAUCGCGUACAGCUUUAGCAGAAGCUGAACUGGAGUAUUCGGAAAAUCACAUUUCCAGAAGCAUAUAUGCUGCGUUCAAGAUUACCAAUCCAUCUAAGUCUGGGUUGCUAGACGAAUUUCUUCCAAAUGUAUGUUUAGUCAUAUGGACCACUACUCCAUGGACGAUUCCGGCUAAUGCUGCUGUUGCUGUGAACCCGGAGCUUACUUACACAGUAGUUGAGGUACAGUCUGCACCGGAAAGUGAGUCAAUGUCUGGCGGUAAACAACGAAAAGUUGGGAGUAUUUUGAGUUCUGAAGAAAACAAACUCUUUGUUAUUGUGGCUUCUGAUCUUGUCUCAACUCUUGAGACCAAAUGGGGUGUGAAGCUUGUAGUCCAGAAAUCAUUUCCUGGAUCAGCCUUGGAGCACUGCAGGUAUAUCCAUCCUGUGAAUGGUGAUGAAUGUUCUGUUGUUCUUGGAGGAGAUUAUAUAACAACUGAAUCUGGAACGGGUCUUGUUCAUACUGCCCCUGGCCAUGGCCAGGAAGACUACCUAACAGGUUUGAAAUAUGGGCUUCCUAUCAUUUCUCCCGUGGAUGAUGAAGGAAAUUUCACUGCUGAAGCUGGACAGUUCUGUGGUUUGUCUGUCUUGGGAGCUGGCAAUGCUGCAGUUGUCAAGUAUCUGGAUGAACAACAGUCACUUAUUUUAGAAGAGUCUUACAAACACAAGUACCCCUAUGACUGGAGAUCUAAAGAACCAACAAUAUUCCGAGCAACUGAACAGUGGUUUGCAUCUGUGGAUGGUUUUCGCAGUGCUGCAAUGGAUGCAAUUAGACGAGUAAAUUGGGUUCCUUCUCAGGCUGAAAACAGGAUUGUUGCCAUGACCUCCAGCCGUUCUGAUUGGUGUAUUUCACGGCAGAGAACUUGGGGUGUUCCUAUUCCUGUUUUUUACCAUGUGGACUCACAAGAACCUCUAAUAACUGAAGAAACUAUUGAACAUAUCAAGGCUAUUGUGUCAAAGAAAGGUAGUGAUGCAUGGUGGUACAUGACAACUGAGGAACUUCUUCCAGAUAAAUACCGGGACAGAGCAUCUGAGUAUCGCAAGGGAACUGAUACAAUGGAUGUUUGGUUUGACUCUGGUUCCUCAUGGGCUGCUGUUUUAGCAAAAAGAGAUGGUCUUAAUUUUCCAGCGGAUAUAUAUCUUGAAGGUUCAGACCAACAUCGUGGAUGGUUUCAAAGCUCAUUGUUGACCAGCAUUGCUACUACCGGAAAGGCUCCAUACCGUAGUGUUAUUACACAUGGUUUUGUCUUGGAUGAAAAGGGUUUUAAAAUGAGCAAAUCUCUUGGUAACGUUGUGGACCCGGAGAAAAUGAUUGUUGGUGGGAAAAACCUAAAGGAAGAACCUGGCUACGGAGCAGAUGUUCUCCGUCUGUGGGUUUCUAGUGUUGAUUAUGCUGGCGAUGUGUUGAUUGGUCCACAAAUCUUGCGCCAGAUGUCUGACAUGUAUAGAAAACUACGAGGCACAAUGCGAUUUCUGUUGUCGAAUCUCCACGAUUGGAAACCAGAGAAUUCAGUGCCCUACAAUGAUCUACCGAAAAUCGACAAGUAUGCACUUUUCCAACUGGAAAAUGUUGUGGCUUCCAUGAAGGACAGUUAUGAAAACUACCAGUUCUAUAAAAUAUAUCAGAUGCUACAAAGAUUUGCUAUUGUUGAUUUGUCCAACUUCUAUUUUGAUGUUGCGAAGGAUCGACUUUAUGUUGGAGGUCGAGUUAGCUUCACAAGGAAAAGCUGUCAAACAGUCCUCGCUGCACAUUUACUCUACCUUGUUAGGUCUAUUGCGCCAAUUAUGCCUCACUUAGCUGAGGAUGUUUGGCAGAACCUACCCUUUGAAUACACCUUGCAGGAUGGAUCCCUUGCAAUGUUUGUCUUCGACCUAAAAUGGCCGGAAAAGAAUGAAAGAUGGCUCUCAGUUCCGAAGGAUGAUGUUGACUUUCUAAGUGUUAUCCUUGAGUUGAGGUCAGAGGUGAACAAAAUUUUGGAGAAUGCUCGCACAGGAAAGCUGAUUGGUUCUAGCUUAGAUGCAAAGGUUUAUCUCCAUGCUGAAAGUAUGGAUACGAUGUCAAAGCUAAAAGAGCUAUCUUCUGCAUCUAAUGAUGCAGAUGCUCUGCAUCGCUUAUUUAUCACAUCUCAGGUGGAGGUUCUCCCAUGCCUAAAUGAAGAAACUACAUCAUCUGUAUCUUACACAGGAAAGUUCAGUGACCUGCGCACUGGAGACAUAUGGAUUGGUGUAACUCGUGCGGAUGGUGCAAAAUGUGAGAGGUGUUGGAAUUACACCCGGGACGUUGGGUCUUUCCAUGAUCACCCUACUCUGUGCGCGCGGUGUCACGAUGUCAUUGAUUUGCAGCCACAACCUGCUGCUGCAGCUGUCAGUUAAGGAUGAGAAGUUAGGGUCACCCUGAUUGAACUAUCGACGUCAUUCUGAAGAUCAUUGGUGGAAUUCAUUGAUUUGGAUAAAGUUUUUACACUGUUAUACACCUUUUACUUGUAGAAAGAGAUUAAAAAAACGUCGAGAGGGCGGUUGUCUGAGACUUUAGUCCGAACCUCAAAUUUUGCCUGUAGCAAGUUGUACUUACAUUAGAUUCUCAAAUUUAUGCAUAGGUCACGAGACUUUUGCCUGGA